AUGUGCAAUGAUCAGACAGCAUAUGAAUGUUUGACGCUCAACCUCUUCGGCAACCCCUCUUUGAGACAUUUUCAGCAUGUCACGGAAGAGACGUGCCUGUUCCUGUACAACUACAGCACCAAACAGGUCUAUGGGACCUGGCGCAGUAGAGGGGAGCCGUCCUGGAACCCUGGAUCGGCCAUCUAUGGCGGCCAGUUCCCCGCCCAUUUGCCGGUUGAGCGAGUAUGCGACUACCCUCCCGUCCCCUUGGCUGGCAAGGCUGCAAAAAUCCUCAACUGCAGUCAGACACUGGUCUUUGAGCCAUUCCUCACCAAGCAGCAGGUCACAGACCUGUGCGCGCUGUUAAGGGAGGGCGAACAUCGACAGCAGAACGGGGGCCCCACUGUGGAUGUCAGCCCGUCUGCAGAGGACAGCACCGCCGCUGGCAGCCCUGUGGUUGGCCUGCUGGCGGACGCUGAAGCGACCGUGACAGCGCUGCAGCGCGGCACAGCAGAGAAGGUCUUGCAGGUGCAGGAGAACCUGGAAAAGGCCAGAGCACUCGCAGACAAACCCCGCACUCCCGGGAACACCAGCCUGCGCGAGUCCACAGCCUGCCUCGCACAAGCAAUGGAAGCCGUGAGGGGGCUACAGGCCUCCCUUGCUCCCUGCGCGGCAGCACCGGCGGCAGCGUCUUGGCCACAGAGCAGCGCCAGGCCCCCACCGAGCCCCCUGGAAGAGGGGCAGAUCUAUGAGACCCCCCGGCCGGCGUCUCGCCCGGACGGCGCCUCUGCCGCACAGGAUAUAUCUGGCCUGGCGAUUACACCGGUGGCUGUCAACAAUGGGCACGCGAGCGAACGGGGCUCCCAGCAGCAGCUAGAGCAAAGCAUGUCGCUGGCCGGCGUGUUCGAGGACGCCCUGCUGGACGUGCUGCAGACGCCGAGCGCCAGCCGGUCCAAGAAGAUGCGCAAGAGGAAGAAUCGGAGAGGAGGGACGCCAUCAAAUGGCAGCUUGGAUCUGCAGUCUGCACCCGCUGGAAUACCAGCAACUGGCAGCCUGGAUGCACAGCCUGGAUCUGCUGGAAUGCCAGUGGGGGGCAGCGCGGAUGUGCAGAAUGGAUCCACUUGGAUUCCAGGCCUGGAUUUGGACAUGGGGCAGCAGGAGACGGCAGCGAUGGGGGGAGCGCUGAUCUGCGCGUGCAGCGGCGAGAAGCUGGACGAGUACUUCGCCCAGCACCGCUUCCAUGUGCCGCCCUGCCUGGCCAGCCCGCACGCGCGCGUUCCUCAGGGACUGCCCGUGUUCCUGUUCAACAACGACGCCCGCCUCCUCCUGGGUCCCUUCUACGCCAAGGAGACCCCCCUCACCAACGCGUGGGUGGAUGUGGAGGAGAGGGAGCCGCCGCUGGUGGUGCAGGAAAGGGAGCUGCUGGAGGUGCUGCCACCAGACGACACACAGCGCAAGGACCAGGGCUACAACAUCACCGGGCCUCACGCGGCUGAGCUGCUGAGCCGGUUCGCCAAGGCGGCGGUGCCGAUGCGCGCGCAGCCGUACCGGUUCCUGGCCACCGAGCUGGGCGGCGUGGUGUUCACCUGCAGCAAGGCCACCAUCCGCGAGUGCCUGGAGCGCAACCUGUUUGGCAUGAUGCAGGACGCCUUCGUGCCCAUCGUGCAGCACAUCCGGCCAGGCCUCCCGGUGUUCCUGUUCAACCACUCGCACAGGGUGAUGCUGGGCCCGUUCUCUGCGACCUCGCACGGCGGCAUGCUCAUCGAGCCGCUGGCAUGGGGGCACCGCGGUCACACAACCCCCUUCCCAGCCCAAGUGCGUGUGGUGCCCCACGAGCCAGUGGCUGCAAUUUUGGAGACGCAGUACAAGCCGCUGCUGGAGCGCACCAUGUACUACGGCCCAUCAGCCUUCCACUUUGACCUGACCAGGCAGGAAGUCACCGUCCUUCUGCAGCUCCUGUCCCAGCGCCGUCCCUUCGGGGCCACCCUGCCCUUCCUGGCACCCCUGUGCUACCACCCUCUCAACCCUCCUCCAUGGGCACCUUCACACUUCCAUGCACUGCCCGCCGCUCAGCAGCCGCCGCAGAGCCAGUCCACCCUGGACGGGUGGCUGGUCCCCAGGCAGCAAGGAGCUGUCAGCGCCGUCCAGCCGCCCCCACAAGCGCCUGCAGACGCAGUGGGCGAGCCGUUCAGGUUUGGAGGUCAGGCGCAGCCAUUCGGGCUGGCACCGACAGUGCGCCUGCCACCGCCGCAGCCGCAGCGUGCUGCCGACAAUCCGCAGGGCACGCAGGGGAAAGGCUUUGCUGCUGGGGUCUUUGCGCUGAACAGCUUUGCGCACAGCUCCCUCGGCGGCCUGAUUGGAGGCGGCGCCGGUCAGCUAGCCAAUGGUGGGCUGUUCGCGCCUCGUCAGCAGUUGCACAGCGAGCAGCCGGCACCAGCACAGCAGGUGCAUGGCUACGGCACAGCGUGGGCGCCCAGCGCCGCUCAGCAGAUCUCAAGACUGGCAAAUGGUACGCCCCCGCCCAAGCGCCACCGCCUGGCAAACAUGGUGGGGCCAGACGAGCUGGCAGCUGACGGGCCAGUGGAGAACGGGGCUCGUCCAGAAGAGCGGUCAGUCCCGGCCCAGAAUGGGUCUGCGCAGUCUGGAUGGUCUGGGUGGGCCCCAACCCAGCCGCAGGGCCUUGUCAGCGGUCCCGGUGCGCAUGCAGCGGGCGGAGACGCGGGGCGGCCCCUGCAGCCGCAGCCCACGUCGCCAUUUGCGGUCUUCGCUCAGGCGAACAGGCCGUCGGCCCAGCCUGCGCCGGUGCCCUUCCCGGGCUUUGCUCAGCCGAGCGCAACCGCGCCGUGGGCCGACGCGGCAGCGCAGCCGCCCAGCCCUGGCGCUUUGCUGUUCCCUCCCAUCGCCGGCACGCCGCUGCCAGCAGCGCAGCAGCGCCCGGCCGCGCCGCAACUUUCCAUUUUCCAGACGCCCAGCCAGCAGAGCCCUCUACCUCCUCCUCCCCCCUCCUGGUCCCCGACUGUCGAAAGGGGCCGAGCGGGAGUGACCCAGACAGGGCAGAACGGCGGGCAGAGUGGCCCGCUGCCUCAACAGGAGCAGUCCCCUCAUCACAGUGCGCCACCUGGACCGCAACAGCAGUACAAUGAGCCGCCUACACUGCAGCAGCAGAAGCAGCAGCCUGCCAGCAAACCCCUGGACAGCAUCAACGCGCUGCCGCAGGUGCUGGGGGGCCUCUCCGGUUUGCUUCCCGGGCAGGAGCCACAGCUGGCAGCAGUGAUCAGGGCGGCCCUGGGAGCGACCGCGCAGCUGCAGGUCGCCCUGCAGGCCAUCCUGGCGGUCCUCGAGCCGCAGCAGGCCUCGCCAGCCACCGCCGCUCCAGCCGCCACACCGCACGCGCCUACCCCUGCCCCGGCCGUCUCUUCCCCUGUCAUGGCCCCCGGCGCGCAAGCGCCCUCACCUGUUCCAGCUGCACCUGUUGCCUCAUCUCCAUCUCCACAGCAUGCUACGCCAUCACCUGCGCCUGCAGCGUUCUCCUUUGACCAGCAGCCGCAGCAGAUGGCGCAGCCUCCUUCUGGGGCAUGGACAGGCUUCCAAACUCCUCCCAUGCACCCACAGCAGGCCCCCUGGCUUGGCGCUGUCCCGUCCAGAGCAGGGCCCUCUCACCCCCAGGUCAUGGGCUCACCAGAGUGGCCGCCAGCAGCGAUGACACAGAAUGGGGCUGUGCCCUUCGCCGCAGCGCAAGCGCACAGGAGCAGAGCGCCGUCUGCUGCAGGCUUAGCGCAGACGUAUGGGAGCCCCUACACUCCCACGCAUUCUGACCCCAGCCCCCUCGAGAGGCCCGCUCAUGGCCACCUGCCGGCUGCACCCGCCCUUGGCUCUCCCUUGAUGCGCAGCAGCCACCAGCAGAGGCAGCAGCAGCAGCAGGCCAGUGAAGAGGACCAGGCUUUCAUGUUCCGGGGAGGGGAGUAUGCAGGGGAGAUGCCAUCCUACGUCUCUGGCAUGGGCGCGGCAGAUGAAGAGAAACAGCCAGCAACUGGCAGGAAGGGUGUGAGCAUGCGCAUUCGUCGGCCCAAGACAGUGAGUAAGAAGAAGGCGGCGCAGCGGCGCAAGUCGGUCGGCGCGCAGACCCCCAGCAGCACCAGGAAGGCACUGAAGAACGAGCUGCGGGGGCUGGCCGCCGAACAGGCGGAAGCUGAGCACCUUGCUGUGGUUGCAACCCCCCGCGCCACCCCAAAGUCCAUGAAGAAGGCUCGCGGGAGCGCAAAGAAGGCAGGGAGUGCAAGGAAGGCAUCCGCAGGGGGCUCGCUCUCGCGCCAGCUCAGAAGCGCAGCACGAGCAGAGCUGCAAGAGGAGCACAGACCUGCUGGCGCCAAGAGGAAGCGUGAAGCUGACGAGGAGGAGCACGGGACGAUGGUGGCCUUUGACACAAACGUGUUCAUGGGCUCAGCCAAGGACCGCAACAUCAUCAUGGAGUGCCUGCGAAGAUGGCGCACCUACGACCCCCAGAUCCACAUCCUCCUGCCCAGGACUGUGGUGAAUGAGCUGAAGACCAUAGCGAUGGCCCCGAGGGACCAGCGCGCAAAGCACGAUGCCAAGCUGGGCAUCAUGGUGCUGGACCUGCUGGUCAACUCCUCCAUCUGCCGCGUGCAGAUGCCAACGGAGCUGCCGGCGGGCCGAGUGAUAGAGCGGCUGAAGGAUGAUGGGAUCCUGGACUGCCUGCUGCACUUUGCAGCCAAGGGGCACAACGUCCUGCUCUGCACUAACGACAAGCAGUUCAUCACGCGGGCACAGGCACAGGGACUCUAUGCAAUCAAGCCUGCUGUCUUGCGAGCGAACCACAACUACCCAUGCUAUCACGCUACAACGCCCAAGGCUGCCCACAAAAGGAGGAGGCAGGAAGUCUCCGCCUGA